AUGGAGUAUAAAGUCCCUAAGCAACGUGAUUUCAAUUGUUUGAGAAGCAAGCGAGGCAGAAAUGAUAUGUGCAAAGGCCAAGACUCUUACCAGACUACUGGGACUUAUAAGAAACAUAAGAAACGAGAGUAUCGUAUGCGGAGCAAGAACCGGUUUAUGAGCCCAACUCAUCAGGGCAACAGGUCUUCUAACCCUUCACAGAGAAGUAGUAUCCCACAGGAGUUUCAGAAGGGAUUUGAGAAUGGUGGUCACCAGUAUAACCCUGUUGAAGAUGAAAGGACGCAGUAUUAUAAUACAGCUAAUCAGAAGAGUUCUAGAGGCGUUAAUCCAGACCGGAGCAGUCUCCAUCGUCUAUGGAGUAAUAGCUCUUGUAGGUCUCAAUCUGAGGGUAGAAAUACGUAUAAAACUACUGCCUCAAUAAAUUCCAGAUCAAAGAGUUAUAAAUCUAGGAAGUACUUCAAAUUUCCAUGUGCACCUGAUCAUGAGCAAGAUUUUCAGUCUAUGAAAGCUUUAGGUAAUCAGAACCCCUGAGCUAGGUUCGGGGAUAAAUUUAACGACUAUUCCUACACAAAAGCUAACAUGCAGGGAUCAAAUCAGGAGAGGGAGUUUACUAUAGGAGAUCCUGAUAUAAGACAGCUACUCUCUUAUAAAAGACACAUUGAGGGUGAGAAGAUGAGCUGCGAAGUUCAGAACUCCGCAGCUAUACAACGUAGAGCUUCUAAUUGUCUUGAAUCGUCAGUCAUAUCUCCAUUCACUGAGUCUAACAUGUCUAUGUUUAAUCAAAACAAGCAUGAGAAUGUUGGUGAUUCUCGAGAUCUGCAGUACCAAAAUAUCUCGAUGGGGGAGUAUUUCACCAAAAAUAAAGCCGAGUUCCAGAGAAUGCCACUGAGAGAUAUCAACUUGAGCGACAAAGAGAAUCGACAGUUCAACAAAAUUGUCUUAGAGAAAACAUCAAAAUGUAAGUCGAAAGAAAAGCAAAAAAUUAAAGAAGCCAAAAGGAAGUCUGUUAAUAGGCAGAUUGGUCAGUUGUUCCAGAGAUGUACUGAGUUAGAGAUGAAGCUUGCUGAGAAAGAAAAUGAGAUAAAAAAUUUAAAGGCAUCAUUUUCCACUUUGAAUUCGAGAAGUGAGAACGAAAAUGAGGAAAACAUGUUUAGACAUGAAAAUAGUAGGAAGAAUAAGAGUUCAAUGAAGACACCUAAAUUUAAAUCUAGUGUUCAGAAGAAAGAAAAGGAUCCUCAAAAGUAUUAUAUCUCUUCUCCUAAUCAUCAAAAUUCUCGAGCAGCACAACGAGAUGCCCAGUUGACUCCGCUCUUUUCACAAAUUUGCAAUGAAAUUAACUUACCACAGUCAACUCCUCCUGAGAAGGUGCUAAAAUGAGUGCUGAAAUAUUUUCAAAAAUAUACUAAAAUGCACCCCUAAAUUCAAUUA